AUGCCCGAACAAAACGUAGACGCGCUCGUUGUCGGCGCAGGCUUCGGCGGCAUCUACUUGCUGUACGAGCUCACCAAGUUGCCGCUCUCGGUCAAGCUCAUCGACAUGGCCGGCGACGUGGGCGGGACGUGGUGGUACAACCGCUACCCCGGCGCCAUGAGCGACACUGAGAGCUACCUCUACCGCUACUCUUGGGACAAGGAGGACCUGCGCACCUACCCCUGGGCGAACCACUAUCUGCACCAGCCCGAGAUCCUCAAAUACCUCGAGCACGUCGUCGAGAAGCACGGCCUGAGGAAGUACAUGCAGUUCAACACGGAGAUGUUGUCGGCCGAUUUCGACGAGGACGCCAACGUCUGGCGCGUGGCCACAAACUCCGGCGACACGAUUGUCACACGCUUUCUCUUUACAUCGCUGGGCCCGCUGUUUCGACAGAAGCUGCCCGACUUCCCAGGCAUGGACACGUUCAAGGGCACGCUCGUACAUUCGCAGGAGUGGGACCCAGCGAUCCAGCUCGAAGGCAAAGACGUCGCGGUCAUCGGCUCGGGCUCCACCGGCGUCCAAAUCGUCACGGCCAUCGCGCCCGUCGUCAAAUCCCUGACCAGCUUCCAGCGCAGCCCGCAGUACACGGUGCCGAGCGGCAACGGGCCCGUCUCGCCCGAGUACCGCCAGUGGAUCAACGCGCACUACGACGACAUCUUAGAGCGCAACCGCCAGACAGUGACGGGCUUCGGCUUCGAGGAAAGCACACGGCCGCUGGCGUCGGCGACGCCCGAAGAGCGCGAGGAGGUCUUCGAGACCCUCUGGCAGAAGGGCAACGGCAUGCGCUUCAUGUUCGGCGGCUUCGGAGACAUUGCCUUCGACCGCACCGCCAACGAGGCCGCGUGCGACUUCAUCCGCCGCAAGAUCGCGUCCAUUGUGAAAGACCCCGAGAAAGCCCGCAAGCUCAUGCCGCGCGAGCUGUAUGCCCGCCGCCCCCUCUGCGACGCAGGCUACUACGAGCAGUUCAACCGGGCCAACGUGCACGUCGUCGACGCAAAAGCAACGCCCAUCACCGCCAUCACGCCGGCGGGGAUCCUUACUUCAGACGGCGCCGAGCGCGCCUUCGAUGUCGUCAUCUGCGCAACCGGCUUCGAUGCCUUCGACGGCGCGUACGGCCGCAUCGCGCUGCGCGGCCGCGGCGGGCAGACGCUGCGGCAGCGCUGGGCCGACGGCGCGCGCACCUACAUGGGCGUCGGCGUCGCGGGGUUCCCCAACUUGUUCAUGGUCGGCGCGCCGUUGGGGCCAUUUUCGAAUUUCCCGAGCGCGCUGGAGGCCGCCGUCGAGUUGAGUAUGGCUGCGCUGGGACAGGCUAAUGGUGUCGGUGCGUGUGCCGCCAAGGGCGUCGUGGUUGACGUAACGCCUGAAGCGGAGGAGGAGUGGGUGGCGCGGUGCGAGAAGCUGGCCGAGGGGAGCCUGUUCAAGGAGGCGCCGUCGUGGAUUUUCGGGCGCAAUAUCGCGGGCAAGCCGCUACGGCCGAGUAUGUAUUUCGGGGGGCUGAAGAGCUAUCUUGACAUUUCGCGGGAGGUGGUUGAGGGCGGGAUGAAGGGGUAUGUUAUCAAGGUGUAG